UUCGGCAAGACUAUAAAGUUCUGGACCUGUCUUAGUUCCAUUUUGUUCACCAAACGAUCUCCAGUAGCAGUUUUCAGAGUCAAAGUCAAUUGAAUCAGUUUUACGUCUUCAGAGGAUGAAGUGGAUUGGCGUCCUUUUAUUGAUCAACACUGCUUUUGCUACUGUACAUAACCCUGAUGAGAAUUUCGGCUUGAGGAACUCCAGUCUUUUUGAAGGAGACAUGCUACUUUCGGAGGAGCAGCGGGAGAGAGCAGAAGAAGGAUUAGAUAUUGAUGGGACUCGCCACAAAAGAGCCUCGUCGAAAUCAAAACUAUGGCCCAAGGGAGUUGUCACUUAUCAGAUUGCUCCAAGUCUUGGUCGCUAUUCCCGUGCAAUGUCCGCCAUUAGAACAGGGAUGGCUGAUUGGACCUCAAAAACCUGUAUACGGUUUAAGAAGAGAACCAGUGAGACAGCUUACCUCUACUUCCCAACUGGCAGAGGGUACGCGUCCUAUCGUGCAGAUGUUGACGCCAUGUUCCAUUUAUAUUUCAGAUGUGCGUCAUAUGUGGGAAGAAUUGGCAGGCGCCAACAAGUUUAUCUCGCACGAGGAUGCUGGUACAAAGGCAUCGUUUCUCACGAAAUAGGUCAUGCUAUCGGAUUUUACCAUGAGCAAUCACGUCCUGACAGAGAUAAUUACAUCUCGAUAAAUCGUGCAAACAUAGUUUCAGGGACGGAAUCUAAUUUUUAUAAAUACAGCAGAUGGAAAAUCGAUUCACUCGGCACGCCAUACGACUAUGGAAGUCUAAUGCAUUAUAGGAGCACAGCUUUCAGCAAGAAUGGAAAACCAACGAUAGUUGUUAAAACACCAGGGGUUACUAUCGGCCAACGAAAAGGAUUGAGUUCCAUAGAUGCACAACAGGCGAACCUUCUCUACAAGGCAGAGUGUGCAAGGAGGCUCAAGCCUACAUCUAAGCCCACGCCCAAGCUCACGCCCACGCCCACGUCCAGGCCCAAGCCCAAGACCACGUCCAAGCCAACGCCCAAGCCCAAGGCCACGCCCAAGCCUAUGCCCAAGGCAACGCCCAAGCCCACGCCCAAGCCCACCCCCAAGCCUACGCCCAAGCCCACGCCCAAGCCCACACCUAAGCCCAAAGCAACUUGCAAAGACAGUUCACGGAAAUGCCGUCGUAAGUCUUGGAUUCGCCGCUGCAGGAGGAGAAGAAGAAUCAAAUCCAAAUGCAAGAAAACCUGCAAAGUCUGUUCAGCUGGGAAAAGAAGAAAUGGUUAAUAAAAUCCUCAGGCACAAGCAAGAUAAGAACCAUAUUUAGCGGUUAACUUUCAAGGAUGAUUGCACUCUAAGAAGUUUAAUUGAAGUCCUAAAAUAAACUGACGAAGAAAAAAAACCAAAUAAUCAACGUAGCUCUAAAGGAAGCUUAGAUCAAACUUGCAACACAAUCGUAUGAGGACACUCCGGAAAAAAAAAACAUUUCUUUGCUAUGUUCCUUCUACGUUAUUUGUCUGCAAUUCCACUCAAAUGGCAUAAUGAUUUGCCAUGUUCCUUCCACAUUAUUUGUCUGCAGUUCCACACAAAUGGCAUAAUGAUAAGUCCAUCUCUUAGGAGGUUCUGCCGUAUGAAGUCAGUGCAUGUUAUUAUGUUAGCACAAUGUCAUUACAUACGUCUAACCUAUUCUCGAACGAACGAAGGAAUGAAUGCAUUCCGAAAAUGCAAAUAAAAAAAGAGUUAGUCUACUUGUUAAAGGCUUGAAGGAAAGGGAUCUUUUCACACAGUUAUGUGAAGGUUUGUUAGGUAAUCUAAAAGGGCGAAAGCUGCUUGAAGUGUUGACUUUCACAGGUUUAAUCCUUUAAUUUCUUCAUAGUGUAAUUAAAACGUCCUCAGGGAGCUAACGAAGACACCGUUAAAGCAUUGUAGCCCAGCCGGAUCUUCUCAUCUUUUUCCACUACAUGGCUACAGACAAAAGCAUUUGUACACUUGGACAUGAUGGUCUCCUACGAAUCUUUCAGGGACAGAAGUUCCUAUCCGUAUUCGCAAAUUUUGACGACGCUCUAGUGAGCGAAAGAUUAUAGUUAAAAAAGAUUACGCUUGAGAUAGAGCUGCGAGAAUUCUCGAUUGUUCUUGAGACGCAGUUGAUCGUUUCCUUAACUUGUGACAACACCGUUUGUGUGCAGAUGACACUAUCUAGAAACGGAAAAGCAGUACUAAUCAAUGAGUGAUCAACGGAUACCGGGAAAGAAUGAAGGAAUAUGAGAACAACCGAGCAGAUAAAUGAAUGGAUGGAUGGAUGGAACCCUUUAUUUAAAUACGGCAUUUUAUCAAAUUAAAAUAUACAGCAAUAAUAAAAUUUGGUUUGCA